CAAAGAUGCAGGAUGGGCCGGCCCGUUUAGGUCCUUUACCAAACGGACCUUCAAAUGCCCAAUCCUCCUCUUUGAGCAGCACUUGGCCUAAUCGUGUCACCAGAAGCGAUUUCAGUGAUGAGCUGUGAGGUAGCUUCCAGACAUAUUUUGAGCUUCUGAGUCGGGGGGAAAUUUCUGCUCAAAUUUGUAGAUCAUACCACGAUGCCAGCUCUUGGAUUUGAUUCAAUUUCAAAUGAAUCAUGGAUCGUUGGAGUGGGGUUUUGAAAAUCCAGCUUAAUCCAAACAGUGGUAGUUUCUACCGAGUUGCGGCAUCCCUUGGUCUCUCUUCAUCUCCCAAAAACCUUGCCGUACCCUCAAGAAACGCUAUAUUUUUCAGUGGCGAUCGGGUGGAGGGGACGGGCAAUCCAGUGAUCGAGAGAUUAUCCGAUCUUAAGACGAUUGCCGAAGUAUUGGUGUCGAAAUUCGGUGGAGCUGUUAAUGCUUUUGUUGUGGAAGCUUCUGUUUUCAACGGACCUUUUGCUGUUUACAAGAAUUUUGUGCCGUCUGUGAAUGAUCAUGGGGAGCCGGAAUCUUAUGAUGCUACUGGCUUCCCAGCCUCGACCUCAUUAGUCCUGCUAUUGUCGAAGUUUCUUGCAGAGGCGAAAAACGUCAUUCUAGGCAAACAGAAAGAGCCAUACCAAGCCGAGACCUCUACAUCACAUUCACUCAAACCAAAAACCACACUUCUCGGUUUUAGCAAAGGCGGCAUCAUACUCAAUCAGCUCAUAACUGAAUUUGCCUUCUCACAAUUACCCAUGGAACUUCCUAAUAAGGAGUCUCAACACAUUAUACCCACAUCAAAGGAACACCUUUUAAACAGCAUAUCAGAAAUACACUAUGUUGAUGUCGGAUUAAACACUAAAGGAGCUUAUCUCGACAGUAAAGACGUGAUUGACAGAAUUUCUGAACGUGUUUCGAAAAGGAAUUUUGGAAUCAGGUUCGUCUUGCACGGGACCCCAAGACAAUGGCGUGACGAGAGAAGGAUUUGGAUCCGUAAAGAGAAAGAUGCCUUGCUUCGGCUCCUUAAGGGAGCCGCUAGUAAGGACGUGUUUGGGAAACUGAAAUUUCGAGAGAGGCUGUACUUUCCACAUAGGCUUCCCGAUUUACAGAUGCAUUUCGAGAUUAUUGACUUUAUUGAUGUGAAAAGAAAAUUGUUGCUCUUAUUACAUUAUAGAUAUAAAAUUCCCAAGAUGGGCAUGUUCAUGAGUUUCAUGGGAAAAGGCUUGCCUACAACCCAGAUGCUGAGCCUGGUGAUGGGAACACUUCACAGACAGUUCAUAGAAAAAGAUAUCAAGAGCUUUGAGGAAUUCCACAUUGCAAUUCUUGAUAUCUUCAGCACUGUCAACUCAGCACUACCUGGAAAACACUAUGAUGUUCCCUCACCAAAGGAAGUCGAGGCUUGUUUCAAUGAGUGGAAAGCUGCCAACGAGCCGGAAAAGAAGAGAAUUUUCAUCGACUUCAUGAAGAAAAAAGUGAACCUAAGCAAAUUAGACGAUUCUACCCUUGUCACCGGAAUAGUCACUCCUCCGGCAGCCAUGGCCGCCAAGAGAGCCGGCGAGAGCCUGCCACAGCUCAAGCUGAUCAAAGCAAUCCCGGAUGUUAUUUUUGUGCCUUCAGCCACAAUAAUGGCUCUUGUUUUUGUAAAAUUGUCUAGGAAGUUGUUUAUUGGUAAUAUAGCAUCAUGAGCCUAAUAACAGCCAAUAUUUUGGUCUGUAUCAAGAAUUUCACCAUACAUAAAAUUCAGUCUGAAAUUUGAAUAUGUG